UGAUGAUUUAGUGCAUCCUUGGUGAGAGAAAAAGCAAGAAAGCUUGAACGUUAUAGCGAGGCAAAGGUGGGCCUUUGGGUUUGGCACACAUCCAACUUGUCUUGUUGGAGGCCGAGAGAGAGAGAGACAAUUGCUGCCAACUCCCAUUCAAUGCUCCCAUCUCUCACAACCGAUUACGCGCGCGUUGUUCUUCACGCUUUACUUUUAGUUUAGUUUUACUCUCUCUUUAUGCUCUGCUAUUCUUAUUCAUUCACUCUGCUCCCUCACUCCAACUUUCAAAACCCUAAUUUCUUCCUCGAAAUCUUCUCCUCCCUUCCCCGAUUUCAUUUCCACUGCUUUUUCCUUCGCUUGGUCGCUUCAAUUGCGAAUUCCGUCACAUUCUUUGUGCAGAUGGCAGGGGCGGAUAAUGGUGACGGCAACGGGAGUGAAAGGGAAUUAGCGGGAAAUAGCGAUAACGGUUCUGUGGAAGUUGCAGAGGCUUCUGUUAGUGAUAGUGGUUGUGAAGGGAACGACAGCGUUUCUUACGCGAACGUCUUGCGUUCGAGGAACAAGUUUGUUGAUGCUCUUGCUAUCUACGAGCGCGUGUUGGAGAGUGAUGGUGCAAAUGUAGAGGCGCUCAUUGGAAAAGGAAUAUGCCUUCAGAUGCAGAAUAAGGGAAGGCUUGCGUACGAGAGUUUUUCUGAGGCUAUCAAGGUGGAUCCUCAAAAUGCUUGUGCUCUAACGCAUUGCGGCAUUCUGCAUAAGGACGAGGGUCGCCUUGUGGAGGCUGCUGAGUCAUAUCAGAAGGCUUUACAAGUGGAUCCUUCAUACAAAGCAGCUGCUGAAUGCCUUGCCAUUGUUUUAACAGAUAUUGGUACCAACAUAAAGCUGGCAGGGAACACUCAGGAUGGAAUUCAAAAAUAUUUUGAGGCCCUCAAAGUAGAUCCGCACUAUGCUCCUGCAUACUAUAAUCUUGGUGUGGUCUAUUCUGAAAUGAUGCAAUAUGACACAGCCCUCAGUUUCUAUGAAAAGGCUGCAUCAGAGAGGCCAGUCUAUGCCGAGGCUUAUUGCAAUAUGGGUGUGAUUUUUAAAAAUCGCGGUGAUUUGGAAUCGGCUAUUACUUGUUAUGAGAGGUGUUUAACUGUUUCACCUAACUUUGAGAUUGCAAAGAAUAAUAUGGCUAUAGCAUUAACAGAUUUGGGAACAAAGGUUAAAUUGGAGGGGGACAUCAACCAAGGUGUGACUUUGUAUAAGAAAGCUUUGUAUUACAACUGGCAUUACGCUGAUGCUAUGUAUAAUCUUGGGGUUGCUUAUGGUGAGAUGCUUAAGUUUGAUAUGGCCAUUGUAUUCUAUGAACUUGCCUUUCACUUCAAUCCCCAUUGUGCGGAAGCUUGUAACAAUCUCGGAGUUAUAUAUAAAGAUCGUGAAAACCUUGAUAAAGCUGUAGAGUGCUACCAGCUUGCUUUGUCAAUCAAACCUAAUUUUUCACAGUCGUUAAAUAACCUCGGUGUUGUAUACACUGUCCAGGGUAAAGUGGAUGCUGCUGCAAGUAUGAUUGAGAAAGCUAUUAUUGCAAAUCCAACAUAUGCAGAGGCAUACAAUAACCUAGGAGUUCUUUAUAGGGAUGCUGGUGAUAUAGCUCGAGCAAUUAAUGCUUAUGAGCAAUGUCUUAAGAUUGAUCCUGAUUCUCGAAAUGCUGGCCAGAAUCGCUUGCUUGCAAUGAAUUACAUAGAGGAAGGACAUGAUGACACACUUUUUGAGGUUCACAGGGACUGGGGUAGGCGAUUCAUGAGACUAUAUUCACAGUACACAUCAUGGGACAACUCAAAAGAUCCUGAACGGCCCCUAGUGAUAGGCUAUGUAUCUCCUGAUUAUUUUACUCAUUCUGUGUCAUAUUUCAUAGAAGCGCCUCUUGUCUAUCAUGACUACUCCAAUUUCAAAGUGAUUGUUUAUUCAGCAGUUGUCAAGGCAGAUUCAAAAACCAUUAGAUUUAGAGAGAAAGUUGUAAAUAAGGGUGGUAUCUGGAAAGAUAUUUAUGGAAUUGAUGAAAAGAUGGUUGCCAACAUGGUUAGAGAAGAUCAAGUUGAUAUUUUGGUAGAACUUACUGGACAUACUGCAAACAAUAAAUUGGGAAUGAUGGCAUGCCGACCUGCACCAAUUCAGGUGACUUGGAUUGGUUAUCCCAAUACAACAGGAUUGCCUACAAUUGAUUAUAGAAUCACUGAUUCACUGGCAGACCCUCCUGAAACAAAGCAGAAGCAUGUUGAGGAGUUAGUUAGGUUGCCAGAAUGCUUCCUUUGUUACACCCCUUCCCUGGAGGCUGGUCCUGUUUGUCCAACUCCUGCUCUUUCCAAUGGUUUUGUCACAUUUGGUAGUUUCAACAAUCUUGCCAAGAUUACACCCAAGGUAUUGCAGGUUUGGGUGAGGAUACUGUGUGCAAUUCCGAAUUCCCGCCUUGUGGUAAAAUGUAAACCUUUUUGCAGUGACAGUGUGCGACAGAUAUUCCUUUCAACACUAGAGCAGUUAGGUUUAGAACCACUACGUGUUGAUCUUCUGCCCCUUAUUCUUCUUAACCAUGAUCAUAUGCAAGCCUAUUCUCUGAUGGACAUCAGUUUGGAUACAUUUCCAUAUGCUGGAACAACAACAACAUGUGAAUCUUUAUAUAUGGGAGUUCCAUGUGUCACUAUGGCUGGAUCAGUACAUGCGCACAAUGUUGGUGUUAGUCUUCUUAGCAAAGUUGGACUGGAGCAUUUGAUUGCCAGAAAUGAAGAUGAAUAUGUUGAAUUGGCUCAGCAGUUGGCCUCUGACAUUUCCGCACUACAAAAUUUGAGAAUGAGUCUGCGAAAUCUCAUGUCCAAGUCCCCUCUCUGUGAUGGUGCCAAAUUUAUCCUAGGUCUAGAGUCAACAUACAGAAAUAUGUGGCACAGGUAUUGUAGAGGAGAUGUUCCAUCUUUGAAACGCAUGGAAUUGUUGCAAGUUGCUACCGGUGACCUGUCAAAUAAGAAUUCUGAGCCAACAAGGAUUGCAAACUCAAGGGAGGACAGUCCUGGAUCUGUCAAGGCCAAUGGAUUUAAAACAAGGCCCGUGUCAAAGCUUAACAUACACAGUUGCGAAGAAAACGACGGGUCAUCAAAUCACAGUAGUAAACAAGGAAAGACGAGUUAAAGUUGGAUUCCAUCUGAGAAUCCUUUUGUAGCGAUUCAAGGAUGUUGAACUUCAUUACAAUAGUUGUACUAUUAGGUUGCAUGGUAUAUACUGUAGUUGCUGCUGGAAGAAGCUGGAAAGCAACCACAGCACCACACAAAGUUAACAUGAAUAGAGUAACAUUGGGGGCGGGGGGCUAUAGGCAGUUAAGUUAUAAAGCCCCCUACGGUGCAGUGGAUAUUCCAAGACCAAGAGGUGAAGCUACCUUGAGCUGCAGUCUGUUACAUUUUCUUUUGGUAGCCGUGGCCUGUUGCAUAUUUCCCCCCUCGAUUAUAAUGAUUGUGUAUAGCUUGUGCAAUUUGUUUGUUCUUACUCCUUUUCAACAUUGCAUUUUUAUCGGCUCAAUGUGCUAUGUCUCCACAUGAAGAGCAGAAAUGGAUAUAUAUAAGAUUGCCGGGUUAAAAUGUACCCAAAAACAAGUCUGCGGGGGUUGGUUAAAACAAAACCCUGAUAAAGUUCUAAUUUUACGAGGUGCAAUAUGUAUGAGAUUUUAAUCAAUGUAAGAUUAACUGAAAAUAGUACUAGUCAAACCAUUAAUAUGAAUAACGUUGUACUUAAUGUC